AUGGAGCAUAGGCACCAAGAGGUCAACACCUUCGCCACCACCCUCGUCAUCCGCCUCGUAUCGUCGCCCGCUCGCGACUCUUCUGGAAGCUCUACCAGUAGCGCAUCCGAAAGGGGCGGUGCUAUCCACAGGGGCCUAGCUUGGCACCCACAUGUCUGUGCGAUGCGGGAUUCGUGCGCUUUGGAGACAUUGACUGUGUUGCUCAAGGUAGGGGCCACCAUUGAAGUCAAUAGAAUGAACCGGAGUUACUCAAGCAGCCAGCCGGUUCUCCCGCCAGCAUCUGUGCUCACCAAGGGGACGCAGCGGGAGACGAGGGGGAACUUCACCACAGCUCCGGUGACUCUGUUUGUGUACGAGGCAGGGCAGGGACUGUCGGGGUGUGGACUGCAGCUCGCCUUCCAUGCCAACUUCACCUUCUCCCUCUCGCCUCAAUCUGGCCGUGUGGGCUUCAACGGCUUUGCCUUUGUUGUCUCGGCUACCGACCGGGUGGGGAGAGGCACCGGUGUGGGGUAUGGUGGAAUGGACAAGCGGAGUGUGGUGGUUGAGUUUGACACUCGGCAGGACAAGCAGCACGGCGACAUGCGCAGCCAGCAUGUGGGGCUGAACAUUCAAGGCGAGGACAAGUCGCUAGCCGCUGUGCCGUCACCAUUCCCUCUAAGCAGCAAGAAGGCAUACACGGCAUGGGUGAACUAUGAGCCGGGGGAUCCUGGCACCAUCCAGGUCUUCCUGGCUGACUCAAAGGAGAAGCCGCGGGAGGCAGUGCUGGAGAGGAGGCUGGCGCUGUGUGAGGUGCUGGAAGGUGGGUCGGAGCAGCACUCUUUCUUCUUUGGCUUCGUGGCCUCCACCACUGUGAAGUCGUUUCAGAAGCAUGCCAUUCUUGAAUCUACAGUGGACACUCGUGCAGCUAGAUGUUUCCCCCGCCCUGCGGCGCGAUGUUUCCCUCGGUCUUAUGCUGGCGACGGAGGCAAGUGCGGGAGACGCGGGAAAGGCGCCACGGACUUGCAGACCCAGUCGUUUCGCAAGCACGCGGGCACGGCGAAGCACAAGCUGGCGAUGGCGAGGCAAACAGCUCUGCAGGAGUGCGGAGCGAGGCAGCCGCAGAUCGACCAACAUCGCGCCACCAUGGACGGAGAGCAGUCGCGCGUCGUCGCCCUACUCGACUCCCUGCUGUUCAUCAGCAGGUCCGAUGCGCCGAUGGGGAUGUGGGUGAAGCUCGUGCGUUACCUGGCGGAGAAGGGCGUGCCUGGCUUCCCGAAGAAGGGGUACGGCACCUACUACACUACGUGA